AUGUUCGGUCCCAAAUCGAUCUAUUGGCCACUUCUAUUCGGUUUUCUGAUCGGUGCACUCUUACCAGUACCCGUUUGGCUUCUACGUAAAAAGUAUCCAGAAGUUAAAUGGCUUAAAUAUGUGCAUUUUCCGGUCAUUCUUUCGGCCACUGGUAUCAUACCGCCAGCACCACCUGGCGAAUAUCCGUCAUGGCUCAUCAUUGGCUUUCUAUUCAAUUUUGUACUUUUUCGUUAUGCUAACGCAUGGUGGAAAAGGUACGCUUUUGUAUUUUCAGCAGCAAUGAACUGUGGUGUGAUUGUUUGUGCACUCAUCAUCUUUUUCGUCCUGACAAACAAUAAUAUUAAUUUUCCGACAUGGUGGGGAACCGGUGGAAUUACCGGUGAUGGCUGUCCAUUGGCAAGCGCAAACUUUUCUGGUAUCAUACCACGUUACAAGCCAUUGCUUUGA